CAUGUCGCUGUCUCUGCUGCUGCUGCUGCUGCUGCUGGGCAGCUCCCAGACAUCUCAUUUUAUGGGAACGGUCAUGACCUUCUACCCAAAAGACCGCAGCCCAGAUGGAUCGGUCACGGUCGUCCUUCGCUAUAAGUUGAACUUCCACGCUUUUGGCGGCGACACGUGGAGGUGCUUCAGGGGGAACUGUGGGAGUCAGAGUUCUUUGACGCUGAACAGAGUGUCCCAGGAGAGCAGCGCAAAGUGGUACCAAGACGAGGGAGUCAUGACUCGGCAGGUUCUCGACAGAGGUGCUUUUCAGCUGUGGUUGAGCGGUGCUGCCUGGAUAAGUAACAGAAAUGGCAUCUCAUCAUGGAGAGCCGUGACACUGGUAGAUCUGAGGAACCGUUCCGACACCAGCAGGGCCAACGCGUCCCCUCAGACCACCAUCCUGCCACUUGUGAGAGUUCCUUCAAACUGUCAGAGAGAUUUCAACCUGUUGGCGUUUGACCCUGACGGAGACGAGGUUCGAUGCAGAUAUGGAAACGCAUCACUGACAGAGUGUAGCCCCUGCACGCCACCGUCUGUCCUCCGCCUCUCACCAUCGUGUACUCUGUCAUUCGGCGCCACCACCAGCAGUGAUGAAGGUCCGUACGCAGUCCAGCUGGUGAUGGAGGACUUUCCCAGACAGACGAUCACCCUGAAUCAAGGCGGAAGCUUCCAGACGAACAUAACUACAAACAACGCUAUCAGCAAAAUACCUGUCCAAUUUGUUCUACAGGUGGAUCCUGCGGUGCCAUCCUGCACAGAGGGACUCUAUCUGCCAGCGUUCCUGCCUCCAACACCGGCCAACAGAGCUCGACUUUACACCCACGUCAAUCAGACCCUGGACAUCAGCAUUAACGCAGCUGCAACUUUCUCCAUGGUCUCUGAGCUGCUGUUCAGCGGGCCGCACAACGUGAACCAGACCAGAUCAGGACCAGGUCAGUUUACCCUGAGCUGGAUGCCGUCUCAGAGCGAGGAGGGAGAGAGCCAACCCAUCUGCUUCAUUGUCCAAGCACUUUCCAAUUCAACAAAGUAUCAUUCUGAGCUGCGAUGUGUCAUCGUAAGUGUUGGAAACGAUCCAUCACCAAGCGCUGAACCAACUUCAGAGGGACCUACGCCAUCAGCGGGACCUACGCCAUCAGUGAGACCUACGCCAUCAGAGGGAUCUACGCCAUUGUCCCAACCAAUUGUCAUUCGCUUGACGGCGAGGAUUUCCUCUGUGGUGGCUCUGACUGAGGAAGACAUCAGGAGUACGGUUGUACAGCAGCUUAAAAACGAACUGGUGAAACUCGGAUUGACACCCAGCGCCAAUGUGACGUUACUGGGGAAUGUGUAACUGGAAACUACAGCCACCGGUGACUCCUGCUGAUUCAGUGUGGUCACUAAUCCACUCGUGCACGAAAUUUGUUAACAAGGAAACAACGGGAGUGAUUAAUUUGUUACACUGGUCUCAGUUGUCUUGAGUUUUUAAUUGCAUAACCUUGUAAGCUUGUAACUGCGGAUUGAUUUAGCUGCUGUUGCCUUUUAGAAUAAACAUUGUUGACUUAUAUUGUUUGUCUUUGAAUCACCCCUAAGACAUAAUAAGACAGCUCGUGGAUGACGAGAGUCACUAAUUUCUUAAUACGGACACUGUGGUCGGGGGGUGUGUUUGCAAAAUCUUCAAAGCUUGUAACUUGAAAAUAAAAUAUUAAAUCGCAGUUUUCUUUUCUCUU